AUGAAACAGUUUUUCCUAUUGCUAAUCUCUGUUACAGUAAUCCAUGGAUGUCUACGCGUUCGCAGUCCAGAGCCACCAAAAUGUGAAUGCCCCUCUCUGGCGAUAGACCAACAAGAGACUUUUGAAAUUGAAACUCAUAAUUUUUAUCAAAAUAUCUCAAAUCAGGCAUUGGAACCCCCAACUAUUGUCUUGGAGGAUUGCUCCAUAUUGAUGUAUUGUGAUCCUGAAUUUAGUUUGGUUGUUUUUGAUACAGAAGAUGCGGUUAUGUUCGGUGAAUAUGGAAUUGAUGGAAUGUGCGAUCCGUACACUCAAACUUGGAUGGAAGAUGAUGGCACACAACUUCGGACAUUUAACAGAUUGUAUGGAGCAUGUGUGGGUUACGGAAAAUGUCUGUGCUAUAGUGCCACUAUAAACGAGGAAAACUUUGAUGUCAUACUAGGAAAUCAUCCUUUCAAGGAAAAUAUAUCUGGUUAUGCAAUUAAGGAUCCAUACAUGAACGUAGAAGAUUGCUCAGUGUCAUUUGGUUGUGAUGAAGGCUAUAGUUUGGUCAUGUUUAAUUCGAAUGAAGCGGUUAUGUUCGGCGAGUAUCCGGCCGACGGAUUUUGCGAUCCAACCAGCCAAACAUGGCAAGUGGCCGAUGAAACUGGCAGCUUGAGAAUCUUUGACAAACUUUAUGGAGCUUGUGUGGAUUACGAAACCCCAGCGGCGACUGAACCUCCACAAUUAACCUGCCCAUGCGCCUAUAUGGAUAUCGUCACUAGCAACGCCAAAGAAUAUAUCGGCCAUUUCGAUUUGUAUCUCAAAAAUCUGUCGCAUUACGAUUUAGUCACACCGGAAGAAUUUAUUUUUAGCAUUAGGGAAAACGGAUGUGUUGCUAAUUAUCGCUGUCCAGCCGGAACUAGCAGAUAUUUUUUCUGGAUUUCUAUCAAUUCGAAGCAAAACCAUCGGAUAUUGACUUUUUUGAAAUGCGCUGUGAAUCUAAUCAUAGAUGCUACUCCUCUGCCAAACCCAGAUCCUCCAACUUCUCCAAUGUGUAGCUGCGACAACUACAUGCUUCGAGCUUCACUCGACAGAACAACACUGAUGAACAAUUUUGAAGUAAAAUCUACAGUAUCCGACGAUCAUUGUCAUUGGGAAAUCAGUUGUAAGAAUGAGGCACAUGCGGUUGUGGAGGUUUAUGGGCAGAAGUAUUUUAGCCAAAGUCUCGACGCAAAAUGCUCACCGGACAGCUUCAGGUGGAAUAUUCAAAACUCGAACGGUGGCAGUUGGUCUGGAAUCGAAAUUUUCAAUUUCGGAUGUACAAAACAAGUUCCAAAUGCUGUUACAACUCAAAAACCCAGCGGAACUCCGGCCCCGUGUUUUUGUCUACAGAUAGAUUUUGAUUCUUCGAAUGCCGAUCAGUUUAUCGGUACAUAUGAUUUCUACUUGUACAACAUUUCAAGAUACGCCCUGUACAAACCCUUUCUCUUGUAUCCUGGUGGUAGAGUAUCAGGGUGUCCCAUGAGUUUUCAGUGUCCUGAGGGAGAGGUGCAAAUAUUAACGACAAGUGAAAGGAGUUAUGAAGUACGUGCCGUCGAAAUGUUUUGUGUUGAUGAAAUGUGGACAGUGAUUGACGGAUCUGAUGUGACACAACUGACUCGAUCCGUAUACAUGACAUGCGCUUAUUUUUCAACACCUUCCACAAAAAAUCUUCCACCGCUGGAAACCAUGUGCAACUGCCCUCAUAAAAUGAGGCCAAACUAUUUAAUCCCCGACAACAGAAUUUUAGAACCCAAUUUUUUUAUUACGUCGACUAUAAGCAAUGACCGGUGUGUGUGGGAGAUCCAGUGUGGUUACCCAACAAAUCUCAAAUUUAACGCCAACGGACAGGAGUUUUCUGUGAGUGUUUUUUUAAUCUCGCUAUCAGAAAAAAAACGCACUUUGUUAGAUGCAUUUUGGUUCAAAAAUCAAGUUUCUAGGAUGAUUCUGAGCUAA